AUGGACCCCACAUCAUCCUCUAAUUGGAGGUCAGAUCUGAAAGCAGCCGAAAGAUAUGAUCAUAUUGAGAGGUUGAGAGCAGCCAUUGAAGCGAAGGGUCUCAGUUCUACAGGCACUUCACAUAAAACCGCAUUUGCAGCAGAAAAUGAUGCAUACAAUACGUCCAGUUCCAGGGAAGCCUACGAAGCAGCUUGCAAAACAAUCUAUGAGGAAGGUUAUUCCGAGAUAGAAAACGGCAAGGCACAGUCCGAUACUAUCGGAUAUUCAGGUAUCACUAUCGGGCAGUAUUCUGGUUGUCAACACAUCGCAAGCGGACUCGUGUCUGAAGUAUACAGGUCAACGACAGUUGCUCUCAAGGUGAUAACCGAGACUCGAGAUGUAGAACCACAUAAUCCUGCUCGCGAGGUUAAGAUUCUAAGCGAAAUAUCACACAAACAUAUCAUCGAGCUUGUGUCAACAUUCAAAGACGACGAGGGGAGGCUGGUGUUAGUGUUCCCGUACAUGCCACUUACCUUGGCAAAAGUCAUAAACUCCGGUGCGGUCCCUGGAUCUCUGACGAGGAGUUUUUUCCGUGACAUCUUCUCAGCUCUGGAGUAUCUACAUUCGCACAAUAUCAUUCAUCGAGAUGUCAAACCUUCUAACGUUCUCCUCGCCUCAGCCACUGGACCUGCACGCCUCUCAGAUUUCGGCACAUCGUGGCAUCCAACGUUCUCCUUACGGGACGAGCCGGUGAGCCAUAAAGUGCUUGAAGUUGGUACUACGUGUUACAGAGCUCCAGAAACGCUUUUCGGUUACAGAUCGUAUGAUGUAAGCCUCGAUAUGUGGGCGGCGGGUGCAAUGCUUGCUGAGUGCUUAAGGAACCCGCCAAAGCCACUUUUCGAAUCCAGGGAGACGUUUGAGGACGGCAAUCAACUCGGUCUAAUCCUAAGCAUAUUUAAAACGAUUGGAACACCGACAAAAGACACAUGGCCUGAGGCUUUACACUUCUCCACGCCACCUUUUCAGUGGUACCAGAUAUUCGCUGGACAUUCCUGGGACGAUCUACUUAUUGAAGUGGAUAGUUCAGGGAAAGAUCUGGUGAGAGGGUUGAUCCGCUACGAGAGCGUUGAAAGAUUGACGGCUUCGAAGGUUGGAGAUCCCAAUCAGAGAUAA